AUGGGCUUUUUCUCGUCUUUCACAGGGACCUUGUCCCUCGUCCUUUCCUGUUUGUACCUCUGCGUGGUCGCGGAGUCCGGCUACGCAGUGGUCGAGCGGUUGAACGAUGUGCCCGAUGGCUGGAUAAAAGGUAGCGCACCUCUACCCUCUCAGCCGAUGAGGCUUCAUUUGGCUUUACACCAGGAGAACGCACAUGGUUUUGAGCAAAGGGUGGUGGAUCUAUCCACCCCUGGGCAUCCCGAUUAUGGACGCCACAUGAAGCGCAGCGAUAUCCGGGAUUCUGUGCGCCCUUCCGAUCAGGCAUUAGACUCGGUGCUCUUCUGGCUCACGUCGAAGGAUAUUCCCUAUGAAACCCUUGACGUCCAUGGCAACUGGAUCACGUUCACGGUCCCGCUUUACCAGGCCGAAGCUUUGUUGGAAACACGUUUCCACAACUUCUACAAUACGGAAACCGGGGCGACGGUGAUCAGAACGCUGGAAUAUUCAGUACCCGAGGAGGUCUAUCCUUAUGUUCAUCUGGUUCAGCCCACAACCCGGUUUGGAAGGCUGGUAUCGCAGGCAGAAAUGCCCCAAUUCAAACCAACUGCGGCCACCUUCGAAGAGCUGUCGGCAAAUUGUUCGUCAACCAUUACCCCGGAUUGUCUUCGCGAAUUGUACGGGGUGUAUGACACUGAGGCAGAUCCUGACCCUCGCAACAGGCUUGGAGUUUCGGGGUUUCUAGACCAGUACGCGCGGUAUGGUGACUUCCACGAUUUCAUGCAGUUAUAUGCACCGAACAGGACCGAUACCAAUUUCACCGUGGUUUCCAUCAACGGCGGUUUGAACCUACAGAAUGCCUCUCGAUCGAGCUCGGAGGCAAGUUUAGAUAUACAAUAUGCCGCAGCGUUGGCAUAUAACUCAUUCGCAACAUACUAUACCACGGGUGGACGCGGACCCGCCGUGCCUAACGUCGGCGAGUCCGACGAGAGCGAGUCAACCAACGAACCGUACUUGGAACAACUCCACUAUCUUCUCGAUCUCCCCGAUGAGGAGCUCCCCGCGGUUCUCACAACCUCAUACGGCGAGGACGAGCAGACCGUGCCCGAAUCGUACUCGAACGCGACCUGCAACUUGUUCGCCCAACUAGGCGCGCGUGGUGUCUCCGUGAUAUUCAGCAGCGGUGACUCGGGAGUUGGGGAGUCAUGUAUCACCAACGACGGGACCAACAGAACUAGAUUCCAGCCAACAUUCCCGGCCUCGUGUCCCUUUGUAACGUCCGUGGGCGGUACCUACGGCAUCAAACCCGAAAAAGCCAUCGGUUUCUCCGGAGGUGGUUUCUCGGAACGCUUCGCACGCCCCCAAUAUCAAGAUGAGAGUGUUGGUCGCUACCUCGAAGAACUUGGGGAUAGAUGGGAUGGAUUAUAUAACCGCAAUGGGAGAGGUAUUCCUGACGUUGCCGCUCAGGCUGCGAAUUUCCUUGUUGUGGACAAAGGCAACAUCAUUAAAAUUGGUGGCACUAGUGCCUCGGGGCCUGCUUUUGCUGCUAUCAUCUCGCGGUUGAAUGCGGUACGACUGGAAGAGAAAAUGCCACGGCUAGGGUUCUUGAACCCAUGGCUCUACUCCCUGAACCAGACCGGCUUCACCGACAUCGUCGACGCGGGUUCAAUUGGCUGUAGAAGCGGUCCUGGGCCACAGGUUCCUUAUGCCAGCUGGAACGCAACGAAGGCCACCAUGGCCGACCUCCGGUCCCUCGUCUCCGAGCUCCAUAACGCUCUUAACCAGAAACAGCCCGAUGCUGCCAACAACCUCAUGAGCCGCGCAAAGCGGACUCUUCUGCUCCAGAACGCCCUAAUUCCCACUCCCUCGACGUCGCCCGAGGUGAUUGCUCUUGCGCGCGAGAUCCUGGAGCUCGGCGCCCUGGCCUCCAUCCGGCAAACCGACGCACCCACCUUCACGAGAUACUACCAGCAGCUCCAGCCCUUCUAUGACCUGGAACGGGACAGUUCGAACCCCGGCAACGUGGAUUUCAAGACCAGCCAGCGCAGCAAGAUCACGGGACUCUACAUGCUGCUUUUGUUGAGCAUGGGUGACAGCACUACCUUCCACACCGUCUUGGAGGGUCUGGUCGAGGAGGCGAGCUUGAAGGGCCACAGUGUCGAGGAUGACCCGUACAUCAAGUAUCCCGUGGAGCUGGAGAGGAACUUGAUGGAGGGAAGCUAUGACAAGGUGUGGCGGGAGACGAACUCGGAGAGAGUGCCUUCGGAGGACUUUGCUUUGUUCUCGAACGUCCUGGUCGGAACCAUUCGCAGCGAGAUUGCAGACUGCUCCGAGAAGGCGUACCCUUCGCUCCCGAUUUCCAACGCCAAGAACCUGUUGUUCCUCGAGUCGGAGGGAGCGGUCAUCGAGUUCGCCCAGCAGCGCGGCUGGGUGCUCCGUGAUGGACGCAUAUACUUCCCGGUCGAGCCCGAGGCCGCGGCUCGUUCGGAGAAGGACAUUCUGGUGGCCAGUGGCACCAUUAUCGAGAACGCUAUCGGCUACGCCCGAGAACUAGAGACGAUUGUUUAGUUAAUAGAUCUAUCUAUCUACGUUACGGAUUUUUCUUUUUUUCACUUUUCAUAUCGUCUUCUUAGGGUCUCGGGUGGGUUGUAUUUAAUUGUAUACCGUUGCUUUGCAUCACGAAUUCACCAAGCGAAUUAUUUUCAUGAACC